AAAACAGCCAGCCUUCCCCUGGGCUCAUCACUAAAUACCGUACAUUUCUUACAAUUCACGUUUUACGUGCCAUAGUUCACAUUAAGAUUACAGUAGAUACUGUUGCAGAGCGGCGGUCAUAUUGAUAAUGUCCCUUGUUCCUACCUAGAGCCUUGACUUCUGGCAUUAUCAAUAAUGUUGCGAAAGACCCCAUCUUGUUUGUCAGUCGUAUGAAAACUUAAUAUAGGGAACCUGCUAUCUUGAAGUUGUUCUGGAAGAAACAUCAGUCUUUGUUUGGCUCUACCGUUCGUGUGACGCGUCUGGGCGAAAAAGUUGCGGCUUUGCGUGAGACCCAGACGGGAAGAUGUUAGUCUGACAAGAUUCGAAAAUGACUUACAGGUACGCAGUCAUAUUACAUUAAGAUUAACAUUACACCGGACUUAUGAAGCCCAUUUAGUUCAAAAUCGUAACGGAUGAACAUAGAUAUCUAAAUGUUCCUAUAGCUGGACAGGAGUGAUACAAAGGAGUUGAAAAUGACCCAAACACCCCUCCCCCAUCAGAAGAGAGUGCAAGGCUCGGUGGGACUUUUCACUCAUAUCUAAGGAGUAGUACCGUGCAUCUGUGACUGCGCUGUCCUCUGUCUGCAUGCCGGCGCUGCCUCGGUGUUUAAGGGACAGAAAUCUCCCAGCUUACCUAUUAGUCUCCCGAUCGCACGUACAAAUCGACAAAUUAUUCUGUUUAGUGAUGCUGGAUGUACUGCCAAUCAGACUAAUCAAACUUGGGCGCAUUUGGGUCAUUCUUAAGGCAGGGCGCUUUUGCUCGUGUUUGUCGCCUGAAAGGGCCAGUAUGACGUCACCUCUUCAGGAGUGCGCCGCUUCACGUCGCCAUCACCCAUGACAACCUUCCCAGUUGUCUUCACAUCUUGCACUUUUUCGAUGGGUUUUGGGCACGUUAAUGCAGAAGUAUGACGGCUGUUUCUUUGAACGCGAAGACGGUACUUUGAUGCAUUACUUGAUAUUAUCUUAUUUCCCAUUUAGAGGGGAAAGCAGAGUUUGAUGCCUUUGGCUUUUUUGAACAUGCCUUCUUUUCCACACUCUUCAUUUGGUUGCUCUUUGUGUGUUGUGAUGCUGAAUGUACUGCCAAUCAAAGUUGUUUUUCUCCUGACCAGGGUGCAGUUCCGCAUCUUGUCUGGGAGCAGCGCUGCUGACACAGAAACUUGUUUACCGCGAUUUUAACGUGGAGGAUGACAAUAGAGGAAAGCCAGAAGUGAUGCUGCCCAUUCCUUCUGUCUGUUACUGUUUUGACCUCUGCGUGUUGCAGUUGUCUUUUUUCGGCGUGUGUCUUGCAUUUCUGUCAGGCAGUCAGGUUUGUUCAGCCGCCCCCCUAUUUUUUAACUGUGAAAAUUCUUGCCCUUUUAUAGUUGACAUUAUCAGAAUUGAACAACUCAGUCCUUGAGGGGGGUGAAGUUGCAUUUUUUCCAGUUAUACUUCUAAGCAUUCUUGCUGGGACGACUGGGUGGGUGUGCAGUAUGCGGCGUGCUGCGGUAGAUAUGCAUUCGUGUGGGCACGGUCUGUCAUUUUGCCGCGUGUGGGAUCAGAUCGCGAGAAAAGCCGGCGCAUUUACUGUGCGGGUGAGGGGUGCACAGGACGCAGAGAUAAUUCGGUGCAAAGGAGUCACCCUCCGGACGGAUCCACUCCCUCUCUGUCAGCAGUAAGGCGAAGAGCAGAAAUAACAUCUGUCAGAAAUGUGGCUUAUCGGAGGCACUGGUCACCGGAUAGGCCAGCGUCACGUCACUCUGCAGCUGCUUUUAGGCGUGCAGAAGCACUGGGGCGCUCAGUACGCCUCUCGUAGGGGCUUACAGAGAGGAGAGGGCAGUAACAGAUCCGCGAUCAGAGCCUGUGUUGGCGGUGUGGACAGGUGGCGAAGGUGAGCUCUGAGAAGGAGCAAGCGGCCCUGCUGUGCAUGAAAGCUCUGGCCAGCAGGGGGAGCCUGGAUGCCCUGUCUCAGCAAAUGGCCUAUCACCCUCAGUACUUGGAGAGCUUCCUGCGCACUCAGAACUAUGUGCUGCACAUGGAUGGGCCGCUGCCCCUGCAGUACCGCCACUACAUCGCCAUCAUGGCGGCUGCCCAGUACCGCUGCACGCACCUGGUGUCUCGGCACUCCGCACACUUCCUGCGUGUCGGGGGGGACCCGCUGUGGCUGCAGGGCCUGCAGUACGCCCCCGCCCGGCUGCGCCGCCUUGAUCACAUCAACAAGGUGCUGGCCCACCGGCCCUGGCUCACCGCCCCCUCUCACAUCCAGGACCUGCUGAAGAUGGGCGAGCAGUGCUGGUCGCUGGCUGAACUGGUGCAGGCCGUCGUCCUGCUGGCCCACUGCCACUCCCUCUGCAGCUUCGUCUUCGGCUCCGGGGCGGACCGCGACUCGCCCGCCAAUCCCUGGGCCCCGCGUGGGACCCCCCCGGGGCACCGGCCCUGCGAGGUGGCCAACGGCAGUGGCAGCGCCCGUCCCCCAACCUUUGUUCCGGACUGGACCUCCCGAAGACGGUCCCUGGACUCCAGCUACGAGGCCGUGUGUCUAAGGGAGCGGCUGCAGAGAGUGACGGGCGAGGUGGACAGGAUAGAGGAGCGGCUGCGUGGCUCACACACAUCCCUGCUGACAGAUGAGGAAGACGAGGAAGUGACAUGUGACACGGAGCCGACCCGCUUCGUCACCGACCCGGAGUUCCGGUAUCAGGACUUUGCCCCUCAGGAGCAGGAUCGCUUUGAGAUUUUCAGGGUUCAGGACUACUCCUGGGAGGAUCAUGGCUUCUCGCUGGCGAACCGGCUCUACUCGGACAUCGGCUACCUGCUGGACGAGCGCUUCCGCCUGGUGGAUGCGCUGCCAUCGCCCCGCGGGCCCGACCUCAAGCGGGCCAUCUGGAACUACAUCCACUGCAUGCUGGGUAUACGAUACGACGACUACGACUACGGUCAGGUGAACCGGCUGCUGGAGAGGGAGGUGAAGCUCUACAUAAAGACGGUCUCCUGCUUCCCGGACGCCACCAAGAACCCGCCCUGCUCGCUGCCCUGGACGCGGCUCAAACCUGGGGAGAAGGUCCACAUCAACUUGCUGAUAAUGGAGGCGCGGCUGCAGGCGGAGCUUCUGUAUGCACUGAGAGCCAUCACCCAAUAUAUGAUCUCCUAGGCCUUUGAGCGUUGGGGGGGGGGGGGUGCCCCAGUGUUGCCAAAGCCCCUGCCGAUCGCCUACAAGCCCCCUCCCCUAAGGUCAAUCUGGUUUUUGGGUUUUUUUUCCGUUUUUUCUUACUUUUUGUCACAGUUGUCAUGCUGUAGACAUCCGAUGUGCAAUUCUCAUUGUUAUUGUUGUUAUUUAUGUCACUGCUGGUGGGUCUGUUUACGAGCCUGUGUCAGUCACACGGCCUGCUGUGGUACCCAGGGCUUGCGCGUGAAUGUCUCUCAGCCAAACUGCCCUCCGCCCCCUCCUUUCCUCUGUCGCCUUUUGAUCUCCCUGCACCAUUAUUAUUACUAGUCUGUUUGAACACCCCCACCCCGGCACCACCUUCACUGGGGAGUGAGAGAUUAGAGGGUCAGUACCAGUGUGUAGAUCAGGAGUAGCGUUACACUACAAGAAUGGGCUCAAGACCCCGUUUGUUAGCACUUUGGUGAGACAAGCCGGUCUGGUGGGGGGACGCCGGCCUGAGCGUUGGCCUGGUGUGCCCCCCCCUCCCCCAAAUGAAACGUCCUCACAGAGAGGCCGGCCUCAUUCCUCAUACCCGAACUACGUGUUUCACCCAGCAAAUGAGCGAAUGUUUUGCACAGAGCCGGCUUGCUCCUCUCACCCCUGCUCUCCAUCCUGCUCUCCAUCCCUCCCGGCGUGUGAGUGAAACAGCCAAUGCUUCUCGCUCUGCCCUGAGAUUUGCCUUUCAGUCUCUGAUCUGACUUUCUGGGAGUGUGUGGUUUUUUCUGGGGGGGGGGGGGGGGGGGGGGGGGGGGGGCACGGGGCUGAGGAUGCUAUGUCAUACUCAUCACACGUCACGUUCAGGCGCCGAAGUUGCUCGCCCCAAACCCUCCUAUCAUCGGUUUUCUUCUUUCACUGCUGUUGCGUGUCCAUUCUGUGUUUUUCAUUUUUUUUCUUGUUAUUUCGGGGUUGCUUCACUGCUGGUUCACUGCCUGCCGUGCUCCUAAAUCUGUGUCUGGCACCCGGGUCUGCAAACUGGGAUGAAAAGGGCUGAUAUUUCGGCGUGUGGAAUGUGAGCAUGUGCCUGGCCAAAGUACUCGAGGGAUGUCAGAGGAUUGGGGGCCUGUGGAUCACCCCCCCCCCCCAAAUGGUGCUUUUGAUGGGUGCCUUCAGGCCAUUUUCCUGGAUUAGACUGGACCGCACCGGCCCAUACGCUGAGCUGGACGCCUUCUCGGGGUCAGCACACUGCCUCCAGCGAGGGAUGCCGGCUGGGCCAGAGGCGUGGGGGCGCUUGGAGGGGUGAGGAUGCUGCUGGCCUUGCCCCCAUUUCCUGCAGGGGGGACACCCCACCAGCCCCAGGAAAGUGAGCCAUGCCAGUGCAGCAGCCCAAGGCCAUUGAACCGCUGCGGUCGGCCUGUUCAAUAUUUACCGCGUAAAUGAACAAAUGAGCAGAAACUGUUACAGACAAAAUAAGUGUUUUGGAAAUGUGAAGAGACGUAUUUUUUCUAUAAAGAUUCAUAUGUUUGACACCUUCUGUGGGAA